ACCAACCCUUUUGCCAAAAUGGUGCACCGCUGGGCCCUGCCCUGCCCUGCUUCGCUUGGCUGUGCUUUGGCCUGAGCCCGACGUGAACGAUGUGCAGCGUCGAGACAAGAGCAGACGACGGGCGAGGACGACGCAAUCCCGAUGCUCUCCUCUUCGCCAAUUUGCGCUGACAUUCGUACGUCGCGUCAGAGCCGACAGCCGAAUCCGUGGUCACUUUGAUUCGUCUGAUCGAUUGAUAGUAUGUUUGAUUAAUCGAUUCUUUGCUCGAUGAAAGAUGACGACGAUGUGAACGAAUCUCACGUUCAUGGCGUUGGGAUUGAGUGCUCGAAAUUGUUGAAGUCAUGCUACAGCAGGGUUUCUGGAUUCCAGGGCUUUGAGGUGUGUAAUUGAAGAUGGAAAUACAACCGGCUAUGAGUGUGGAGGAGCCCAUCCGUCCUCCACCACCUGUUGAUGCAUGGCAACAUGCGUACCAAGCCGUGGCUCCGUCGUUGGAGUCUCUCAGGCUUACUCUGAAGAGGCCCCCGCAAGUGAACAUUUUGCGAGUUAAUCAAAUUGAUGCCGCAAGACUGGAUGUGGAGAUGACUGCCAUGCUCAGAGAACAAUUGAUGAAAGUGUUCUCCUUGGCGCAGCCAGGUUUGCUCCUGCGGUACGAACCAGAGCUCAAUGCGUUCCUGGAGUUACUUGUUUGGAGAUUUUCUAUUUGGGUAGAUCGGCCUACUCCAGGCAGCGCUCUUAUGAAUCUUCGCUACAGAGACGAGCGUACUUACAGUGCUCUCGCUUCAGCUGGAAAAGUGCGAAACGGUUUAGAGGGUCCAGGUCUGACCAAGUUUCAAAAAUUAUCUUAUUGCCUGGCUAUGGUUGGUGGACGUUAUGGUUGGAACCGUCUACAAAACCUGUCUGCUUUUCAACGCUGGGGCGACAGUGAUCGCAGCUCCUGGGCUCGCCGAGCAUGGGGUUUUCUACAAAAGUCCGAAAGCAUGUACAAAGUUGCUUGCUUUUUUAAUCUUAUCGUGUUUCUACACACAGGGAGGUAUCGAUGCAUCGUCGAGAGGAUACUGAAAGCAAGACUCGUUUACGAGAGACCUGCCAUGAAUAGAGCGGUGAGCUUUGAGUACAUGAAUCGGCAGCUUGUCUGGCAUGAAUUUUCGGAACUUCUUUUGCUUGUGUUACCGCUCCUGAACAUGCUGUCUUUUAGGAAAGUGCUCUCAUUUUCCUUCUCGGGAAGGCAAACUCCGUCUGCCGACUUUAGAGAAGAUAAGUGUCCAAUUUGUGAGGCAUCGCCUAUCACAGUGCCCUAUAAAGCCGUGCCAUGCGGCCAUCUUUACUGUUAUUUCUGUUUACGUACUAGAUGCAUAUCCAAUCAUUCAUAUCGUUGUGUUAGGUGUGAAGUUCAAGUGACAGGUAUGCAACGUCAUCAAGAGCGAGUUAGUCUAGAAGGGAUGGAUAGAAGACCUGACUGAAUUUCUAUUAUUUGUAUACUUAAGAUAUCCCAUUUCUGUUUAGAUCACUAUAUAUGUUGUCGAUGUUCCACAACGGAUAAUGAUUUCGUCGCGUGAUGGAUAUAUUUUCGAGCUUUCACCU